UUCUCUAGUAGACUCGUUCUCUCUCCCCCUUUCCUUCCCCUCGGCCUCGACUCCCCCGUCUCUCCGCGCCAGCUCGUUCCCCGCCGGCGCCGCCCAGCGCCGAUCUCCGUCCCGGGGGCAGCAGCGGGCGCCGCCGACCUGCUGCUUCCGCCCGCAUCCUCGUCGCCGGUGAGCACCCGUUUGGCCCGGCUCUGAAGUAAGCAGGAUUCUGAAUCUGAGAACGAGGAGUUGGAUUGGGGGACUAUGGCUCAGAUCCCCAAUCUCGACAAUGCUCCUCUCAAUCUCGCGGCCCUCAGGUAUGUUUGAUGUGCUUCGACUGGUGGCAUGCAGGGAGCAGUCGCAGAAGGACCUGCUAAACAUCCUCAAGAGUAUUAGGGGGAAGAAGUGUGUAGUUAUUGAUCCCAAGCUCGCGGGUACCCUGUCUCUGAUUCUGCAGACCUCACUGCUAAAGGAAUAUGGUGCAGAGUUGCGGCUUCUCUCUGCUGAACCCCUCCAAACUGAGUGCGCUAAGAUCCUAUAUCUCGUACGCUCUGAGCUGAAGUUCAUGAAAUUAAUUGCAAGCCAGAUUAAGAACGAUGAGCCUAAAGGGCUUCAGAGGGAAUUCUUUCUUUACUUUGUGCCACGGCGCACAGUUGCCUGCGAAAAGAUUCUGGAGGAGGAAAAAGUUCAUCAGAAAUUGACACUCGGAGAGUACCCCUUGUAUCUAGUUCCAUUGGAUGAAGAUGUGAUUUGUUUUGAACUUGAUCAUUCUCUGCAGGAAUGCCUUAUUGAAGGGGAUACUAGUUCUGUUUGGCAUGUUGCAAAAGCUAUCCAUAAGUUAGAGUUUGCCUUUGGAGUAAUUCCCAAUGUUCGGGCCAAGGGUGUUGCAUCCACCAAAGCCGCAGAGUUGCUGAAUAGUAUGCAACAGGAAGAUCCUGUCAACAUGGAUGAUAUGGGGACUCCGGAGAUAAACACUGUUAUUUUGUUAGACAGAGAGGUGGAUUUAGUGACACCGAUGUGCUCUCAGUUGACAUAUGAAGGUUUAUUAGAUGAGAUGUUGCAAAUAAACAAUGGAUCUGUGGAGGUUGAUGCCACUAUUAUGGGAGCCCAACAAGAUGGUAAAAAAGUUAAAGUUCCACUGAAUUCAAGUGAUAAGUUGUACAAGGAAAUUCGAGAUCUCAAUUUUGAAGUUGUAGUUCAGGUCUUGCGCCAAAAGGCAACAUCUAUUCAGCAAGAUUACGCCGAAGUAAAAUCCACCAAUACUCAAUCGGUUUCGGAGCUGAAGGACUUUGUGAAGAGGUUACAUUCACUGCCAGAGAUAGCUAGGCAUGUUCAUUUGGCACAACACUUGCAAUCAUUUACUGGAAAACCUUCCUUUCAUGCCCGAUUAGACAUUGAACAAACAAUAUUGGAGGUGCAAAACUUUGAAAUAUGUUUUGAAUACAUUGAAGAGAUGAUACAUAAGCAGGAGCCUAUUGAAAAUGUUCUUCGCCUUCUAGUGUUACUUUCACUUACAAAUGCUGGGUUGCCAAAGAAGAAUUUUGACUACUUGAGGCGGGAAAUACUGCACAGUUAUGGCUUUGAGCACAUGCCCUUGUUAUACAAUCUGGAAAAGGCUGGCCUAUUUAAGCGCCAGGAAUCAAGAAGUAACUGGAUUGGUAUUACAAGGGCUCUACAGCUUAUAGUUGAUGUAAAUGAUACUGCAAACCCUAGUGAUAUAUCAUACAUAUUUUCUGGAUACGCCCCUCUCAGUAUUCGCCUUGUUCAGCAUGCUGUGAGAUCUGGAUGGCGAUCUAUUGAAGAACUGUUGAAACUAUUGCCAGGUCCUCAUCUGGAUUUGAAAAGAGGUAGUUCGGCCAUUAAUUCUUCAUUGGAUGUACACCAAGGUUUGGGGCUUCAACAGAGUAUUGACAGGGUUGGACAUCGUUCUCUGGUUUUGGUUGUCUUUAUUGGUGGGGUUACUUUUGCAGAGAUUGCUGCUCUUCGAUUCCUUAGUUCUCAGGAAGGGAUGGGCUAUGACUUCCUUGUUGCGACCACAAAGGUUGUCAAUGGGAACACAAUACUCAGGCCAAUUAUAACCAAUAGCAAAGAGGUGAUGAUAUAGAGUAAAUAAUCUUUUGCUGCACAUCCUUUUCUUUUCUGAUUGUACUCUCACACACCCGAGCUCCACUUGGUUCUCAUAGUUGUUACGGCUCCCUUGUAUGUUCUCAAACUGAGUGUAUAUAUUUUAACAUCUGUAGAUCUUUCUAGAUUAAAAUUCCGCAUUCUAGUUUGGCAUUUCAGUUCUCUAUUGCCCGUUUUCAUUUUCCUUUUCUACCUCUUGUUGAAUGUGCAAACUUGAACGACACCAGUUAUUUCUCUUUCAAAUCCACUGUAUUUUGCAUCUGUGCGUUUUGUCAUCGGACAAUUCAUUUCUGUAAUACGGCACUA